AUGUCUUGGUGGCCUUCUUCAUGGUUCCCGACUCUCCCUUCCCUUGACUUCGUGUUGCCGUCAAGUAUUCAAAGACGGUUCAUCUCGUUUGCGUUGCGACGAUCGCUAGGACAUUUUCUAAAGCCAGGACAACUUAAUAUACAGCAGAUUGACUCGCAGAUUGGCUCAGGCUAUGUCCAAGUCAGAGAUCUCGAGCUGGAUAAUGAUGCGGUCAAUCACGUAUUCUCUGGGCUGCCCAUUCAGCUACAUGAUGGCUCUCUUGGGAAAGUGACAGUCCGUAUCCCUUGGCCCAAUCCUCUGACUUCCACUGUUGGUCUCUCGCUGGAGUCUCUCCACCUGACAUUUUACCUCAACCCAACCCUCUCUAACACCCCACUAAACCCCAUUGAUCUUGCAGAGUCUGUUGCAUCAGUAGCUGAGACUUUCAUGCACGAAGAACUCACUCCUCGUGAAGAAGCAGCACUUCGCGAAUCUCUCUAUCCCGAUUUGACUGCCUCAACUCACUCUCUGGAUGAUAAUCUUCCUGGUGGACUGGAUCCAUUUAUAACAGAUGAGGAGAUGGCGCAUCCAGAAAGCGAGCCGGCGGGUGUUUCAAUAUUUGCUACGCUAAUCGAGCGGUUACUCGCCCGUUUCGAAUUUGACGCUUCUGAUAUCAAGAUCACCCUCGUUCAUCCACAGCACGCCAGUUUCACUCUUGCAGUACUAGAAAUUCAUUAUGGAGCCGAAGGACCGAGCGUGACGUCUUCUGUUCCGACCUCUUCUAUGAAGGCAGAACGGACAUCUGGAGAAGUACGAACUAUUACCAUCUCCGGUGUUAACCUCACCACGCGUUGCCUCCGACCACCUAGGCCGCAAUCACCCUCAUCGCCGGCACCAUCGUCCUAUGCGCCGUCGCCUUCUCACUAUAGUCCAUCGUCUCCUGUCCCCACGUCUCCGUCUAAUCACUCUCCGAUGCCAUCUUCCCCAUAUUCAGACUCUUCUGACUUGGAUGAAGAAACACAAUUGCUAAUGUCGCAAUCCAUCAUUGCUCUCCCCCCUCGUGUGGCAUCCCCUGCAAGCACGAUAGCAAGCAGUAUGUAUCAAAGUGCAGUGUCGACUGCAUCGACAAUUGCAAGCACCAAAGAUUGUUCCCCGUGGCCUGAGCCUGCAAACCGGGACCCGACUUCACGAAGUCGCGACCACCCGAGCAAAGCGAGCCCUUCCAAAGUGCCUUCAGACGAUGGAUUCCAGCAUCAGCCUCAGCUUGCCAUCAGAACGAACGAAAUUCGAGAUGAUACCUUGAUUUCGUCGAGAGCAGAACCCAUCACCAUUCGUCUUACUACUCCGGUGUUGCUACAUGCUUCAAAUCAAAGCCCAGCAUUGUCACAAUCGCCUCGGUUUUCGCAGCAUUCUCCGCCGAAGGCCUCUAACCCAAAUGCAGAACAAAGUAAUAUCACCAACGAGAAGAUCAGACUAGACGCAAGUGUUGGAAUCAUCGCUUGCUCUCUCCGCGCUCGCCAUAUUCGGAGUAUCCUAGACGUUGUACAUUCGUGGAACUCUCAUUCUCCCGACUACUCUGCACCGCAUCCCUCGGUUUCCCGCCAGACCUCAGGAUCAAAUCUACGCCCUGCUUGGUUGGACGAACUCGAGGCGAACCUGCACGUUCGUGGUGUGGUUAUUCUUCUACUACCAGGGUUGAAAGUGCCACCAUUCGGCUAUGAUGAUGGGCUUACGGAGUUUUACGCCCGCCCCCUCGUACCUCCGCGCCUUUGCCAUGGAUUCGUGCGGCUGCAUCUAGAUAAUCUGUCUACAUGUAUCAGCAUGUCUUCACCGCUUUCCCAUGGCCUCCAUGGCGCGUCGGCGCAAAGAAUACCGGGUGUGGAAACCUUCCAGGCCAUGACCACAGAACUAUCCUUCUCACUUUCUGAAAUGUCUGCAUUUGCUUUCAUGGCCCCAGACCAACCUGCCACUGGCUCUCAGCGGGUCUCAACUCCUACUUAUGCGAUUCCUCUCAUGAUCACAGAUCCCCAUCUUCCCGUGCAAUAUCACCCUCAACAUAUCUCUCCCGAUCUCAACGUGGCAGAUAUCACCUUCUCGUUACCUGUGUUCGAGGUAAUAAAUUGGACAGAUCCUGCACGUCGCAGUACCACUGCAAAGCUCUCGUUAUGGCGCAGCAAACCCCCUCCCCACCUACACCCUCAUUCCCUGCCUCGUUCGCAUGCACAGCACACAACAGGUCGCUCCCCUACCUCUGCGUCUGUCCAUACGAGCCCUCAAGGAACCAUAUCACCUCUUUCUCCUAGUGUAAGUCCGAGUUCUGCGCGGCCAUUUUCCUUCGGUUCUCCAUCUUCACCAGGAAUGGCUGGACUCGCGAACGCAUCGGGUUGGCCGAGUAGAUCCACUGAGAUAAUGCAGCGCUCACAUUCUCCAGCCAUGGCUGUGAAGGUAUCAUUACCAAGACCUCUAUCGUCACGAAUUUUAUCCAGAGAGAACAACAGGGUACAGGUCGAGGUAGACUUUGCCCCUCUCCAUGUGUUCGUAGAUCUGGGUCUGGUCCUAACUUCGGGCGACCGAUACGGGAUCAGUGAGACAUUGGUGUUCCUUGAGGAAAUUGUUUUUCCCGAAGAGAACGCGCGUUCUUUUGGGGGAGAAAGUAAACUUCCUGUGAAUAACCGAUCAGACGCUGGCGACGAGCUGGAGGAAAACGCUGAAGAUGUGGAAACACCUCCAAGUACUCCACGGGCGAGCAACAUUUUCUUUUUACGCGAGCAGGAGAGGGAACAGGAGAGAGAGAGGCGCCGAUUGGAACGUCUUGUCCUGGACGAUUUGAAUCUUGGAUUUGAUUAUCGGAACGAGGGUACUGGAAGCAAGCUAGGAACUACUACAUCACCUGUUCACUCUAGGCGCAAGAGGGGGGCUAAAGGGAUGAAGGAUAAUAGUUCGCUCAUCACAUUGAGAUUUCCCAUGAUUCGUGUGCAAGUGAGAGUUCCCCCUCCUCCAUCAUGCACUCCUCGUUCUGGAGUCAUCGUUUUCGAUGUCCAUGACCUCAGGCUAUCCCUUGGUGGUCUAUCGCACGACAACAGACCAACGUCCACGCGAUUCGCUGAUGGCGAACCUUUCACCCACACGGACGACAUGACAGGGAAACCCCUUUUGGCUGCGAGUUGGCGGCGUCUCGUAGUUGGUUGUUCGUUGGUUGGAGAGGAUAAAGCCAGCUCUAUUCUGUCGCUAGGUUCGAUCUCUACAGACGCAAUUGACAGGCUUGGUGGACAGUUUGGAACUUCUCCAGUGGGACCACAAACAUGGCCAUCCAUUAGUCUCAUCCGCUCCCCUGCAUCCGAUCGUUCGGGACCUGCUGGUCUCAUUACGACCGCAGUUGCUGUGGAUAUACCUUCUGUUCACGUAGAGCUUUCGAAGCCGAAUCUCGAUGUGAUUCAGCUGUGGGCGGAUGAUCUGGCGCAAUUAAUGGAAGCCGUCUCCAGUGGAUCAUCCCGGUGGGAGUCUGAUACCGAGAGGGGAGACAGUAGGGAUCCUAGUCUCAUCGGAAGUCGCUUCUUCGCUAUGACGAGGGCGGGCAGUCAGGCCAGCGGAAGCGAAGGCGGGACAAUUGCUAGCGCCAAUCCUCAGAACGCCAGGAGUGAGACAGCAAUAAAGCUUACUGUGUCAAAUGCCGUGGUCAGACUGUUGCUACCUAGAGACGCCGAAGGGACUAUUCGACCUUUUGACAUCGCAGCUUCCGACGUUGAUAUUCUCGUAGAGCUGCAGCCGGAAGGAAAGGACGAGACUGUUUUAACGCUAGGCAUCAUGGAUAUUUCUGUCAAGGAGACUGCAAAGUCUGGAUCGAGUACGACUUUUCUAUCGCUGACCUCGCCUCAUAGUUUGGCUGCAACCCGCUCAGCACUCAAACUGCGGUUGACUUCUCUAACUGUACCUGAAACCACCUCCAAGGAAUCCCGAAUAAGGCUUACGCUGAGUGGUCUCACGUACAACUUUCAUCCAUAUUUUGACUGGGCCGCGGACCUGGGACGAUUUGCGCAGGCUCCGCCAGGAGCAUUUGAAUCGGUUGUCCCUAGUGAAAGGACCAGUGUGUCCAUCAAGCUUGUGGACACCUCUUUUCGUUUGCUAGCUCCCACUUUCCCCGGUACUCUCAUACCAUAUGUCGGAGAACUCAAUUUCUCCGUUUUAAUCGUUGGCAGCUCGCCAGAGACUUCAUUCCAACUUCAUGUACCGGCGCUGUCAUUAUUUCUCGUCGACGAUCUCGCUGCUGUCUCCCACGGAUCGGCUGAUGGAACAGUACAGGUAGCAUCGCAUUCUCCCGGUGCUCUAUUUUGGGAGGGAGCAGGCUAUUCUGUGCUUGCGGAACUUACAGACGUUGACGUCAGGUUGGUGCGACGUAAAGAACCUCCACAUACACGAGUCACUAUCGGCCAUGGAGAUCUUCAUCUUCAUCUGUGUGCUGAUACAUUGACGGCUUUAACUGGCUUCAUUAAUGAUUUCACUUCAAUGUUUAGCAGCCCUUCGGAAGUGACGUCCACAGUACCGAAGAAGAGGCAAGAGCCAAGUAUUCUCUCGAAAGACUCAGCAUCUCGCAGUCUACUAGCUUCUCUAGAUGAGCACGCAUUCCGACAGCUACCAGAGGUCGGUGCGGCACCGGAUAUGAUUAGCGAUGACCUUCCUAGCAAUAUGGAUUAUCUCGACGAAUCAUUUGGCGCCGCAGCCGGUCUUCGAGAACUUACAGACGAUGAUCUGGACGAUUUCGACGCCGAUGCUCAUGAACCCUCCGCAGUAGCCAGUGCUGAUGAACACGGGCUGAUCACACGAUAUGGCGGAGAAACUAUCAAGAUGCUCCAUCCCGAAGGAAUGCACAUAGUGCAAAACUAUUUCGACACCAUGAAGCCAGAUGGUGCUGAGGGAACGUUCAGCUCUGAGGAAACGACUAUCGCAGUACGGGUACACGACUGCAAUGCCACUUUGUUUCUCUAUGACGGCUAUGACUGGGCGCGAACACGCAGGAUAAUAGAAGAAGAAAGGAAAGAAAUGAGACGCAAACUAGCAAAGAUCAGGCAGCUUGUGGCAAGCGGUCAAACACCUGAUCCAAGUGUUGAAGAGACGAACACUCUCCUGUUCAAUUCGGUUUAUAUUGGCCUGGAACAUAACAUCGACGAAUUGGAACCGGGGGCUUUGAUAGCAGCGAUCGACGAAGAGUUGAACGAGGACUUUGAAACUGCCAGUCAAAGCUCUUGGCAAUCUCUGAAGCAACAAACAUCAACCUCUCCUGUGAGUAUCAGGGCACCUCAGGUGCGACCUCGUCGCAAGGGAAUGGUCAGAUCAAGAGGCGCCAGUAUCGAACUCCAAUUUUUGGGUUUGAACGCCGAAGUCGACCAUUAUGAACCUGGCGCAGCUCUUGUCUCGAGGAUUCUCAUUACGAUCACUCAUAUCGAGAUCCUUGAUCACAUCAAGACAUCGACGUGGAGCAGGUUUUUGACGGCUCUGCGGGAGGACUCUCGUGGUAAUGUCCGGGAGACUGAUUCCAACAUGGUGAAGGUAGAACUCCGAAGCAUUCAUCCAAUCCCGGAUCAUCCUUCUGUGGAGGCCAGACUACGUGCAAAAAUCUUGCCGCUACGGUUGCAUGUUGAUCAAGACGCGCUGGACUUUCUGAAGAAAUUUUUCAGUUUCAAGGAUCCCGAUAGUCUCCCUGCCCCUCAAUCCGAAGAGAUAUACUUCCAACAAGCGGAGAUGUUCCCUAUAGGAAUCAAGUUGGAUUACAAGCCCCGACGCGUAGAUUACAGAGCUUUGCGAGAUGGCAGGACUAUUGAGCUCAUGAAUUUCUUCCACUUCGACGGUGCAGAGAUGACACUGCGUCACAUAACCCUGACUGGGGUGACUGGAUGGUCAAGGUUAUUCGAUCUGCUGAACGAUCUCUGGACUCCUGAUGUGAAAGCCACGCAACUAGUGGAUGUCAUCUCCGGAGUUGCUCCCAUUCGUUCAGUGGUGAACGUUGGUUCCGGAUUUGCAGAUCUCGUGCUCUUACCGAUUGCGCAGUACAAGAAAGAUGGCCGAGUCGUUCGAGGUUUGCAGAAGGGGGCGACUGCGUUUGUAAAGUCAACCGCGACGGAGGCCAUUAAGCUGGGUGCUCGCUUGGCCACCGGAACACAAGUUAUCCUGGAGCAGGCGGAGAACGUCCUUGGAGGACAACAUCUGGACACUAUUACAGCAGAAGCAGUUCAGACGUCUCCCCUCCCUGGUGAACUUGGAGAACAGUUCACUGAGGGAGAUCUGAUCAGUAGAUAUGCUGAUCAGCCCAUAAACGUGAAGGAGGGCAUUCAUACGGCGUUCAGGAGCCUCAAGAGAAACUUCGGUUCCGCUGCACAAACUAUUCUCGCCGUUCCGAUGGAAGUAUAUGAACGGUCGGGCAACGAGGGGCCUGUCCGUGCUGUAGUUCGAGCUGUGCCAAUCGCUGUGCUGAAGCCCAUGAUUGGCGCAAGCGAGGCUGUCAGCAAGACCCUUCUUGGACUACACAAUUCACUGGAUCCAAAGGUUCACCUUGAGAACGAGGCGAAAUACAAGCAACGAUGA